UGUGUUGCGCGUCUGUUCGGCUGUUCGGCUGUUCGGCGGCGGAGCCACAACAACAAUCCCGGGAGCUGCGGGACACAGAGCAGCGCACCAUACAGCAGAGAACAGCAACAGCAACAGCACAGCGCUCAACACGUCCCGUCCCCCCCGGAGCAGCACUGCAAACCCUGCACAGCCGUCCCAAACACAGUCUGCAAAAACCAGCCCCAAGCGCAGCCUUCCGCGCCAACCAAGAGACUCGCGAUACACACACACACACACACACACACACACACACAGGCAACCCUAUGCAGCCAAACAUAGCGCGCCGCUGACAGCUUCGCCCUGGGAAAGCAGCUAAACAGGCCAAGCCGUGCACAACGCUCGCCCCGUCCCGUGGAGGGAGAGACAGAGACAGAGGAUCUCGCAGGGAAAUGGGGAGCAGCCCGCUGACAAGCUGCGGCGCGAUGCCGUGUGGAGAGCACAGAUCCUAGCUCCUCUAGUAUCUUUGGUGGAGAGCGCCGGUGAGGACAAAUACACACAGGCUGUUUUUGGACAAUACUGGUGGAUGGUCCCAGCGUGAAGGAGACGGGAGCUACACCCGGGAGCCCCACUUCCACGGGCAGGCAGGAGCACUGGUGUAUCCCUGACCUCGCACGUUGUACUUACUGAGUCAACUCUUCUCUUGUUUCGUCCCGAUGUCUUAACGCGGUGACUAUCGAUCAUUUAAAACAAAACACAAGACUUAAGACUACUGGACCCAUCUUCUGGAAUAAGACUAUAUAUAUCGCAUAUAAUAACAUGGAUUUGCAUUUGGUGGAUGUAUGGAAAUAGCAGACAUUCAGAUGCAUGCCAAGUCCACAGUGAAUGCUGGAAGAAGCGAUCACCACAGAUGGAGGCCCAUAUUCCACAUGGCGGUGGUGGUUCAAUGGUUGUGAUCCAGCAACCCUCUCUUGACAGCAGACAGAGACUCGACUAUGAACGGGAACUGCAGCACACUGCCAUUUUAUCCCUCGAUCAGAUUAAAGUUAUCAGGACAAGCAACGAGUACACAGAAGGCCCGGCCACUGCUAAGAAAGCUGGUACAAUCAGUAGCAGCCGAACCACACAGAGGCAUGACAAGCACGAGAGGACUCACGAAGUGAUACCGAUCAACGUGAAUAAUAACUAUGAUCACCGGUCCUCUCACCACACGCGUGGUGGUCACCAUUCGUCCACCAGGAUGCCUGUCUUGAGCAGGUCAACCAGCACGGGUAGUGCAGCUAGUUCAGGCAGUAACAGUAGCGCCUCAUCUGAGCAAGGCCUUUUGGGGCGAUCUCCACCCACCCGAUUAACAUCCAACCACCACAGACCAGAGCGGACAAUCAGAUUACAACCUAAAUCGUCUGCCAGUGCAACGGAUGAGUUGAAGUGCUUGGGGAAAGAGGAUUUGGCAAAACAUAGGUUUAUCUGUGAGCAAUGUGGGAAAUGCAAGUGCAGAGAAUGCACGGCUCCAAAGACCCUGCCUUCAUGUUUGGCUUGUAACAAGCAAUGCCUGUGCUCGGUGGAGAGUGCGGUGGAGUACGGUACGUGCAUGUGCUUGGUCAAGGGAAUCUUCUACCACUGCUCCAACGAUGAUGAGGACUCUUGUGCAGAUAAUCCCUGCUCUUGCACCCAUUCGCACUGCUGCUCCAGGUUCUUGUUCAUGGGUUUAAUGUCCUUGUUUCUGCCCUGUUUACUCUGCUACCUUCCAGCCAAAGGCUGCAUCAAACUUUGCCAGGGGUGCUACGAUCGUUUAAACAGGCCUGGGUGCCGUUGCAAGAACUCCAAUACAGUGUAUUGUAAACUUAAAAGCUGUUCCACUCAACGGGAGGAUAAGCCCUCUUGAUCUGAGGCAGCAGAGCUCUUUAACAUUUUAUUUUAAUCAUUUUGAAUUCAUGCUUGUAUGUUUACCUGCUUCAACCCUGGACUGGAUAUCAACUAAAACAUAGCAACCAUUCUAACAACCCAUUCUACACUAGAAAGAUGGCUGCUAUUUACCAACAUGGCCUAAGAUUGUGAAUGUUGCUAAAACCUAUAGGUGAACAGGCACAUCAGGGGUACAUACCAUUGUUUUCUUGGCUACAAAUGCCCCCCCCCUUAACUAAUUUAAUUGAUCACAAUUUUUUUUUCAUGUGUUGCAAAAUAAACUCCCAUCGUUAAAACCAUUAGCAUUUUUGAAUUAAUCAACCCGAUUGCAAGAGGACCUUGUCCCGUUUAAUAUAUGGAUGUCACAAUACAAUUCCUGAUUCAAAAAAAGCCAAUUGGGAAAAAUCGCUGGUGUUACAAUCAAAAUGUGCUGGAUUGCACCAAGCUGGUUGCAUCCAGCUAUCUCCAUUCAAAGAACCAAUUCAUCUCCAUUCAAAGGACCAAUUUCGCUGAAAUUUUAUUCGUGAAAUAACAUGUUAACUGACAUUUUCUUACUAUUUGUCAAAAUUUGCUGUCUUAACAUUUCUAAUAUAUGCAAAACUACUUGUGAAAUAAUCAAAGCCAUAUAUGUCCCUGUUUGCAAUUUAUAGCAGGAAAACAAUUGUGAGAAGUGAUUUAAUCCCAGCCUUUUGUCGUAUGUUAAUGGAGGCAAAUAAAUUGUUGGGUGUACUCUUGGAUUUGUGUUUUGCCACAUUUAGACAACAUUGGAAAUUUGCCCGUCAGUACUUGGGGAACUUUACAAAUGUGCAUCAUGACGACCUUCCCUAAGCAUGCAAUCAUCUCUAUUUCCCUUCCGCCCCCCCUCUCAUCCCCUUCCACCCAUAUCUGUCCCUUCAGCUUUACAUUUCAUUUUACAUCUCCUUCUCUUAUAUGACACAACCUGUCACACUCUCCACCCCACUGCUAAUUACCACCUAUCAGUUGCUUGGGUUUGUCUCAUGCCCACCUCUCUUGUCCAGCUUUCUUCCACCCCACUCCAAUCACUGAAACGAGGUCCAGACUGCAAACGUUGCCUGUCCAUUCCCUCCAUAGACGCUGCCUGACUUCCUGAGAUCCUCCAGCACGCUGUUUUUUUUUUUUUUUUUCUGUUCAAGAUUCCAGCAUCUGCGGUCUCCUGUCUCCGUGUUCUCCAUUGUGGAAUGCACUGAUUUAAUGUGCCUUCAAAUUUUAUAGUGUAACCAUGGGAUAGGAUCUCAACAUGUCUUUAUGUGUAAGGAAAUGAGAGCUGAAAAAGAAACACAAUAAUCACCAUUCCAAUAUCGUUCCAGUCUAAACAACAAAUACAUUUCAAUUCUGAAGAGAGAUCAGCACAUUAUAUAUACUCCUUAUUUUAAAGGGUUAGUUUCUGCUGAUUUAAAAUUUCAACCAGAUUGGGCAUUGAGUGUGGGAAUUGAUUUAUUGCUGAAUUUCAUGCAAAUGAACACAAUUAUCUUUAGUAAAUAGAUAUCAGAUUAAUUGGCAAAAUGCAGAUAAGCUCUUGAUAUGUAUACUGGUUAUUUUUUAUUGUGACAUCUAUAAUUAAAUGUUGGGUUGCCUUUUAAAAUAAUACGAUGAUAUUCUGGUUUUUAUCUGGUCAACUUUGCCCUGUUGAGCUCUCUAUGCUUCAGUCUUGCCAAAUCCUGGCCUCUCUCUUUGUGUAUAUAUUUUAUGUAAAAAAAAAAAAAAGUUUUGAGGAAUCUUGAGCGUUUUUAAAAUUCUCAAAACUUCUUUUGUUGUAAAGAGUAUUUAUUACGUGAAGCUCUAUUAUUUUAUGGUAUUUAUUUUGAAAAGCUGUCUGAAAAUUUACUCAUUUCUGAAUAUAACAAAUAUCAUUACUUACUGAGAAAAAUUAAGGGUGACACAAAAGAAAAUACAUAUGUUAACUAUAAGGCAGAAAUAUAUAAAUUAAUGAAAA